GCUCAGCAGAACGGUCAUUUGAACAACUUUCCCCAGUGCUCUACUGCUCUUUCAGAGACUAGACGAAAACCCAGUAUGUAUAACAGUUCUAGAGAGACUACAAAGAAGGAGCGUAAUGUCUUCAAACGGCUGGAGUUCCUGAUUUGAACCCACUUUGUUUUUUUUUUCUUUUUUUGUGUUCAAACCACCAACGGAACGAAAUUUUGUGAUCUCCCUAGUUUGGAAAGGCAUUUACCAACUUUAGUUUUGGAACUUUGCUGUGGCAUUGUUGGGAAAAUUCUGGGACCUUCUAUUUCUUGAAAGAAACUGCUUUGAGCUGUUGGAGGUGGCAUAUGUCUCUCCCUAGAUGGAACUUUCCAUUUUGCUCCAAAGGUAAUGUCUGGCUGGCAAAUACUGAGCACAUUUAUUAAGAACAGUACAAAAAAAACUACAACAUGAUUUAAACAAUUUUAUAUUUGAAUAUAUUGAAAUAUUGAUAUACAGCUCAUAUUGAUAUACAGCUCAAUCACAGCUAAGACAUAACCGUACAUUGCUGUAUUAUAAAAAUCCUCUUAUCUAUCUUUAUCUAAGAUCUUUUUGUAAAAUUGCUUUAAGAGGCAGGCAUAAGGCAGACAGGAGUUUUCUCUGUAAUCUGAUCCCACACACACGGCAGUAAUUACAAUGCAUGGUGGGAAAGCACUGAAGGAGAUUUGUAAUUAAGGGCAUCUAUAAAAAGAUCCAGGCAGAGGGCGAGGUUUGUGGAGCCGGGUGUGGAGGUGCGGUGAUACCCAGUCUACAGUCAAGGGUGCUUGGGCCCAUCCUGAGUGCAGCACACAGGCCUGCUAAUGGAUCCCUACGGAGGCCACUACCUGAACCGGGAUGCAGUCCUGUCUGGCCUGGGGGCUGCCCGCAUGUGCCAGCUGGUGUUAGGUUGCACCACCAUGGCUCUGGUGGCCCACAGUGCAGGCUUCAGCGCCACCUAUGGUACUUUUUGCAUGUUCGUGUGGUGCUUCUGCUUCGCAGUGACAUUGAUCAUCUUCACGCUGGAUGUGGCACGGCUUCACGGCUGCAUGCCCAUCUCUUGGGACAACUUCACCGUGGCCUAUGCCAUGCUGGCCACACUCAUGUACGUCACAGCUUCUGUGGUGUACCCAGUCUACUUUCUCAGCAGUGAGUGUCCAUCAGAAGGCUGUGAGGUACGCAACUACCGCAUUGCUGUCACAGUCUGCUCCAGCAUCUGCUGUUUCACCUAUGGGGCUGAAGUCUUCUUGACCAGGGCCAAGCCAGGACAUGUUGUAGGGUACAUGGCCACCAUGUCCGGCCUGCUGAAGGUGGUCCAGGCCUUCAUUGCCUGCAUCAUCUUUGGUGCCCUUGCAAAUGACAGCGAGUACAACCGUCACAUCCCCACCCAGUACUGUGUGGUUGUCUACAGCCUGUGCUUUGCCGUCACUGUGGUGGUAGUGAUCUUAACCGUCUCUGGAAGGACAUCGGCGCUGAGGUUUCCCUUCGAUCGUUUUGUCAUCAUCUACACCUUCCUUGCGGUGCUGCUGUACAUGAGUGCCGCUGUGGUGUGGCCCGUUUUCAGUUUCGACAAGAAGUACGGCACCCCUGGUCGCCCAGAUGACUGCCCCCGUGGGAAGUGCCCUUGGGAUAGCAAGCUGGUGGUGGCUGUGUUCACUUCUGCCAACUUGGUGCUGUACUUUACUGAUCUGGUGUACUCUCAGAGGAUUCGGUUUGUCUCCCAGUCAGCAGCCUAAAAUAACCUUUCUUCCAACUGCCAGAACAUGUACACAUACCUCACUGGAAAUUAUAAAGAAGCAAUUAUUGAUACAAAUAAGACCAUUGUGCAUUGUGCCAU